UUUUUAAAUCAGUGUUUCUCCUUAGACACUGAUGACUGUUAUCCAAACCCGUGUCUAAACAAUGGGACUUGCAUAGACGGAGUCAAUGACUAUAAUUGCUCAUGCGUUCCUGGCUUUGUAGGGAAGAACUGCUCCAGCAGUAAGUCUGAUCAAACUAAAUCUUACAAUGUUUAUCUGUCAAGAUUUGCAAAAAUGUACCUGCAGGGUUUUUAUCUUAUUUUAGGCUUGUUUACUCUUUUUAAUUACCUUUUUUCUUUGCUAGAAAUCCUCAAACAAGUUGUAGUAGACACAAAAGCAUGCGCUAAUAAUAUCUUUUACAUCCUUACCCACCCCCUCCCCUCUCUUCUACCCCAACCACCUUUCCCCACCAUCAUUUCUCAUAUUUCUCUCCGUGUUAUAAAACACUAUUAUUUGAAAUCAGCGCGCGCGUUAGAAGUUGGCUUCGGUCAUCGGUUAAUUUCCUAGAUUUUUUUUAGCCACCUAGAGCAAAGUUUUUCGCAAGGCAUCAUUAAGCCUUAUGAGGGAACAAGUCUCAUGAUUGGCAAAGUCCGCCUCGUCCAUUAUCUUACCGCAUUUCGCCUCAUUUGGCUUUACGAAAGAAAGUUGGUUUACGCUCUGAGUCGCUUCGUUCAAACGAACGUAAAACAUUUUUAAUUACUCUUAAAUUCCUUUAACACAAGCAAGGCACACAAGGAAUAUGUCAGGAUGCGCAAACCGAUACAACAGUUUAUUACAUCAUGUAAGAGGUACUACUAUAAUUACAAUAUUGCGUAAAGACGCAAGCUUUUUUUCUACAAUUCUCAAUAAACUAAAUAAGGAAAAUGUUCAGGAAAAAACUGAAGUAUAUACUUACUGAUGCAUGCGCUGGAUAAUAUUACAACCCUAAGUACUACAACCUACUCUCGAGGCAUAUCCUCAGGAGGUGUGAAUGGGGUUAACGACUAGCGACAAAGGUCUGAAAAUAUUACUGACUACCGACAAAACGCGAAAAAAACUACCGACUACCGACAUGGACCGACAAUAUCUAGUAUAUAUAUCUGUCUGAUUUGGUUAAAACGUGGUCACUAGGUUUUUGCCUGGCGCCGGGCGCAGCCCGGCUCCAGGCCAGCCCGAUGCCCACAAAAGUAGGGGACUUGACGUCUUGGUCGGUACAGCUGGAUAGCCCAGGGACUGCCCUAACAGUGGGUGGGUGGAUCAGGCCCUGGGGUCAAACCUGGUGGGGUAGGGAGGGGGCUGUUUUGACACAACCCCUUCAGUAAGUAGCAGUGUUCAGUGGAGGCAUUGACUGGCGAAUACCUUGGUCUUAAUUUGCCCUAACCAGCUAAAUCAGGCCUCUGCUGAGAAUUAUUAUCAUGAUAAUUGCAGAGCUCAGUGGGAGGUGCAGACAGUCACCCAUUGUCCUGGGUGGCGAGGGUCAAAGUCUUGGUACAAAGGACACAUUUAGCAUAAGACCUUUACGCACUCAAUGAAGCCAUGUUUUCAUAAAUCCAGUCAGCGAUAUAUAUAAACUUUUUCUUUUUUUCAGAAAGAAGAGCAUAUUGUAUUUUUUUUUUGUCUACAUUUCCGGGAAGUAACCAGAGAUACCACGUACUUUAUCAAUUUCAUUGAGAAGACAAAGGAGAAAAACGAACAUUACUUGUUUCCACGGACGUCACACGUCUUUUUACAAGUAUACUACAAAACGAGGGUGUUGAAAGAGUUUGCAGAGCGUAUGAAAAUUUCUACAAAGCGACCCACCUAUCAAACACAUUACCUGCGAAAAAUGCUUAGAUUAAUCCUUAAGGAAAUUUUUUUCCAGUUUAAUGGGAAGCUCCACCUACAAACCUACGGUACCGCGAUGAGCACAAAAACAGCAGUUUUCCUUUGCCAACAUUUUCAUGACAUAGAUUGAAACACAAAGUCUAAGCAAAAUCGUCUUUAAUCCAAGCGUUUGGAAACGUUACAUGGAUGACAUUUUUUCGCUGCAAGACAUAAGUAAAAAUCCUGACAUCGUAGCUUUCUCCGAACCAGCAAACUUACAUUACCAGACCAUUAAAUUCACCACCGAAAUUCACUGAGACAGUGUUUUUAGACUCAGUUGAAUACAAAGGCACAAGAUUCAACGAAAAAGCUAUCCUUGAUGUAAAAACACAUUUUAAACAAACAAAGGAGAAGCCUUUAGCCUUAAACAACGUUUGAGAAAAGUAUUUCUAAUUUCAAAAAAACGCUUGAUGGAUCUGAGAGGCUACCAACACAGUUUGGCACAAAAAUUGCUAUUAGAAAUAAAUAAAACUCACAGAAACAGGAAAUCUUCGCUCCUGGAACAAAACAGCAUGGAAGAAAAAGAAAUGUUGCCUUUCGUGACACAAUACCAGCCCUUGGCGUCUACUGUAUAAGAAAAAAAGUUGAAUCCUCAUACAAAACCAACCACUACUUUGCCAAAAUUUAAAGAACCACCUAUUACUUCGUACGGAAAAGGAAAAUCAUGGCAAAGAGCUACCCCGCGAACAGAGGUUUCUCUCUUGCAUGGCUUUUACUGUUCAAAAAGUCGUUCGCGUGGCUUAUCUGUCAAGUCACGCGAACGACUUCGUAAACGCUAAAGCCUCUGUUCAUUACUUUCUAUACUGCCCAGUAAUCAACGGAGAAACCAAGUUCGCAUCAGUUGCAAUAAAAGCUUUGGUGAUUUUAUCGGUACUAUAUAAUAUGAAGUUUAAGGUCAAUCAAAUGAAGCAUUUUUUACAACUUUUUCACGUUUUAUAGGGAUCAGUCUUGAAAUUAGUGAAAUACACAGCAAAUAUUAAAUUAACAUUCAUUUUUACUUAUCAACUGAGAUUUACCGACAACCGACAAAGAUCGAAAAUUUUAACUGACCUACUACCGAACUGUAUAAUAACCGACAACCGAUAAGUGGAGCCCCACGCCCCCCCCCCCCGUUCAGACCCUCCCUCAGCGGAGUCGGAUUUCCCUUGAAUCUGCUCUGGACUUUAACAUCACUUCUAAAACCUGAUGAAUGCUCGCCGAAGAAAACUGCUGAAACCCUAGCCAUGAUUUACUUGACAAAUUUAAAUUAAGAAUAAAAUUUAAACGAUAAAAGAACAAGACAAAUAUCCGUUCUAGAGUACAUCAUUAUAUGGCCAGCGCCACUUUGAUAUUAAUAUUUAGGCCAGAGCCACGUGAAACAACAGCUGAUUAGGCCCGCAGUGCCUAUAAAUAAGCAACUUGGCUUUCAGCCAGCACCAUACGAAUUAAACUAGGAGUAAUCGGAGCUUAGGAGGGAGAGUGCGUUCGAUAUGUUUGUUAGUCGUCAGUACAGGUAGCAGUUGAGGGGGAAGGGUAAAUGGUUAUUGCUAUAGAUUAAUUUGAUCACAGCAUAUUUUAAACGUAAGGAGUGCUUACAGUGAAACCUCUAAAACUGUGUAUCAUCAUGAAAAAGGCUAGUGAUAUCGUAUGGUUCGUCUCAAGAAGUACAGUAAUUUGGUCGAUUGUGUUGAUUUCAGUUACUUGAGUGGAGCUACACUGGUCUGUUUAUAAGUUUUUCCGAAUAAAUAACAUAGACCUAAAAUGUUAGUUUGUUCGGUGCCAAAAAUAUUUCAAGUCAUGAUGAAGUGGUGCCGCCGAGCUUCACAUCUCGGUAGAUUUAUUAUACUUUGUGGCACAACGACCGCUGAAGCGUUUGCCGGAAAGAUGUACGCUUUGAAAGAUUCAGCAAACACAGAUCGAUAGUAGACCUUCAGCAAACUCUUGAAAUAUGUACGCUUUACGAAGUUUCAGCAAACUUUUAAAAGAUAAACGCUUUACGAAGACAGAAUGCAGACCGGCUCAGCAAACAUUUGAAAGAUGAACGCCGAGGACACACGAAUCACCAUGUGAGUUAGUGCGUCAAAGUGAGGCAAAACGUAAGCAAGCGCCUCAGAGCGAGGCAAAUGUGUGUGGACACAAACGAAAUCUCAAAUUCUCGCUUAUUAAUAGCACAGAACACCCAACAGAAAUUAGGGGUUGCGUUCUCGUACCUCGAACGCAAUAACAGCUGGAUGUAAAGGCCAGUGCCACAUUUUUUUUCUUUUUUUGAAUUUUUUGUUAAAGAAUUUCUUACGUUUUCAUACAAAAUAGAAAUUACGAAAAAAGAAAAAAAGAGAGAAAAAAGACACAAAGACACACACGCGCGCGCGCACACACGCACCCAUAUACACACUACCAUAUAUAACAAAAGCUAGCCAGCGAAAACAUCCGUCUCUCCUCGCUCUUCGCCAGUGGGGACGUUUCACGUGGAGGAACGUCUACGACUCAGCGACAGAAAUUCCAUACUGAUGACGUAAAAUCUGUCCGGAAUCUGGUCAGAAGCGCUGAUUGGUCGACGGAGUAGAUACAUAGUUCAGCUAUUGUUUAUGAAUGACAGACAAAAGACAAAAGGCCACAAAGGCUAAAUAUAAACGCGAAGAACCUGUAACAAAACAGUCAAUAUUUGUGGAAUAUAGUUUUCUCAAGAAGAAGCAUUAGAGUUUUGCUGGAGCUCGUUGGCAGAUGAACACAACACUUUACCAAAAGCGACCAGAAGACACGUAAAAUUGGACAAAUUCAUAUUUGGAACUCCAUGGCUACCGGAUUUUUUAUGUAAACAUUGAUUUGCGUCAUCAGUAUGGAAUUUCUGUCGCUGAGUCGCAGACGUUCCUCCGAGCGAAACGUUCCCUGCUGCGAAUAGCGAAGAGAAACGGAACUUUUCGCAGGCUAAACAAAAGCUCACUAUCAAUAAACCCAUCCAGUUUAAAAACUGCAUUAACAGCUCAUUGCUGGGCCAGUGCCACAAGAAUAUAAGACUCAUUAUUCGGGGAAGGGUCACAUAGAUUAACCCUUCAAUAUUGUCUUGGUCAGAGCCGCGUAAAUUAACUGCCCAUUUGUGGUGCAGUACCACAUAAACAAAACAGUGCAUUAAGGAAAAAUAAAUCAUAAAAAUGAGUGGGGGGAGAGCAGAGACCAAGAGAGAUGAAUCAACUGAGUGGACCGCGAGCGUGAAUGACUCUUAGAGAACAGUAGGGCGUGUAUAUACUAAAAGAGACCAAUCAGAAUGGUCUUUAAUCAGGAUACACAAUAGUGGGUGCGGCAGGUGUGAAACAGAAAACAAGUAGGGAUAAUUACUUGGAAUAAGAGUGAAAAAUGCAUUCUAGGAGUCAAAGAGAGCAAAGUUGAUGCUGAUUUCUGACCAGACCAGAGACUAAGUUAGAAAAUCGUUUUAAAGGCGAGCCCUUCAUCUGCACUUUUUAAAAACGCUGUGGUACAUCCAGGAUCUCGAAUAAAUCGACUGCAUGAGAAACGUUUACGUGUGUUUCAUGUGGAGAAGGCGAGAGUUUUCCUGAGUCAUUUGACGAUAUUUUUGCCCGUGUAGAAUUUGGGAAUAUUACGAUUGUUUUUCUGAGGUAGUUACCAUUGCCGCGAAAGCUAAGUGAUAUCUUGUGUGAUUUGCCGAAGGCGUUGACAGACAAAACUCAGGUAUGUGGUUGAGCUCGUGUUAGUAGAAUACUUUGGCGAAGCAUAGAAAUGCUUCAAGACUGUUUAGUUUAGAUGAUUUUGUCUUAGAAAACCAAUUCAGAGCUCAAAGAGGGUGGAUCACUAGGUCUGUCUCGUCGGGCAUCUUGCUAUGAGCGACUGAAAGGUCAUAUUUUCUGUGCUUUACAAAUGUUGUUAAUGAUUUCAUUGCAAAAUUCUGUCGCUUUCGCCAAGAGCAAUUUUCCGCGUGUUUCUAGCAAUAAAGUUGUGGUUUGAAGCCCUAACUUGAGACUUUCAUCUACUUUUCAUUCGCCUCAAGGAUCAAAUCAUUAAAAGGUACUUGCAAUUUCGGGCCAUAAAUUACAGGUAUGAAGUUUCCUUACCUCUUUUUUAACUUAAAAAGGACCAUCCCUCUAUACAUAUGCCUUGGACAUUACUAAUUUGCCAAGAUCCAAGAUUGGUUUCAAAAGAAUUUCACUUCUGGAGUGCCAAUGUGGAAAAAACUGAUUCCCGUCAACUCAAGCGUAAUGUGAAUCUUGUAUAAUUAUGUUUUCCUUGCAGAUAUGGAUAUUUUAUUGUCGCCAAUCCUUACCAUGUCCUUCUCUCCUCAGACACUGAUGACUGUUAUCCAAACCCGUGUCUAAACUAUGGGACUUGCAUAAACGGAGUCAAUGACUACAACUGCACAUGCCUGCCUGAUUUUGAAGGGAAGAACUGUGACAGUAAGUUUAAAAAUAUCAAACCUCAAUAUCUAUAUCGGUUUGUAAGAUUUACGUGCACUUAUCACCUUAAUGGUUUUCAAAUCUCUGUUUCUCCUUAGACAUUAAUCACUGUUAUCCAAACCCGUGUCUAAACAAUGGGACUUGCAUAAACGGACUCAAUGACUACAACUGCACAUGCGUGGCUGGUUUUGUAGGGAAGAACUGUAACUGUAAGUUUAAAAAUAUCAAACCUCAAUAUCUAUAUCGGUUUGUAAGAUUUACGUGCACUUAUCACCUUAAUGGUUUUCAAAUCUCUGUUUCUCCUGAGACACUGAUGACUGUUAUCCAAACCCGUGUCUUAACGGUGGAACAUGCAUUGACGGAGUGAAUGACUACAAUUGCUUAUGCGUCCCUCUCUUUGUAGGGAAGAACUGCUCCAGCUUUAAGUCUUUUCAAACUAAAUCUUUCAAUAUACAUUUGUCGGAAUUUGCAAAAAGAUACCUGCAGGAUUUUUUUUUCCAACAUCCUGAUUUUAAUUUUCCCAACAUUUUGACUUAAUUUUCUAGAUUUCUUCUUAGCUACCUGGAGCAAACUUUUCCGGAAGGAAUCAUUAAGCGUUAUAUUACGAAGUAACAAGUCUCACUAUUGGCAAAGUCGUCCUCGUCCAAUAUCUUACCGCAUUUCGCUUCAUUUGGUUAUACGGGUGAAACACUGAUCUCGGGCUCGAGACGGAAAGGUAUCGAUAUUGAGAGCUUUGUUCCGGGUGGCCUCUGCAGAAAGUAGGUUCUAGGAGUCAAGUAUAUUCGGAGAGAGAAAAGUUGAGCUGAUUUCUCACCAGGCCAGAGACUUAGUUACAAACUGUUUUAUAGGCGGCCCCUUCAUCUGUCCUUUUUAAAAACCUGGAGUACUAUGAUCCGAGAUCUCGUAAAAAUCGACUGUGUGAGUGUUUACGUGUGUUUUAUGUUGAGAACAUUAACGUGAGAGCUUUUCUGAGUCAUUUGACGAAAAUAUUACGACGGAAUAUUAUCAGUGUUUUUCAAGGGUGUUAUCAUUGCUCCGAAAGCUAAGUGAUUUAUUGUGUGAUUUGCCGAAGGCGUUGACAGACAAAACUUAGGUAUGUGGUUGCUUUGUGCCAAGCAUUUAAUACAACAGUUAGUGAUCGAUUCGCGAGUCUUUAGUUUAGGUGAUUUUGUCUUAGAAAGACUAUUCUGUGCUCAAAGAUUGUAAUUGCCGCGAAGGCCAUUUAUUGUGAUUUACCGAUAGCGUUGACAGACAAAACUCAGGUAAAAAAUCUGGUUGAGCUCGUGUUACCAGAAGACUUUGUGCCAAGCAUAAAAACGCUUCGUGAGUGUUUAGUUUUGCUAAUUUUGUCUUAGAAAGACUAUUCUGUGCUCAAAGAUCGUGAAUUCUUAUUCUGUUUUAGGCAGACACUUAGCUCUCUCUGCUCAAUUUUUGGCAUCAGCAAGAUUCCAACUCAUUGUUUAAAGGAAGCAUUGGUCACGUGACCUCUUAGUGCGAGGGUCCUAUUCGAAUAACACCAGGCGGAACAAGUUCUCCUUAGCAGAACCUCUAUUUAAUGAGCUAUCCGAACUACAAUAAAAUGGCGCGAUUAACUUGUUAGAACUUCUGUUCUAAGAUAAUUAUAUCUGACUGGAUUAGCUAAAACAUGGCCAUAGAAAUUUAUCUCAUAUACCGUACCUUUACUGAGCAUGGAGCAUGGAGCAUGUUUUUUAUCAUUACUAUUGUUAUUUUUUAUUUUUUUAUUUUUUAACGAAUAUUUACUAAAUACGCUGCAGUAGAUAGACUGUCAUGAGUUUCUUCUCACUUGCUAUUAAUCUAACAGCCCCCCUCCGGCCACUAUGAGCCUCAUGGUAUGAGCUAUAUUUACUGUGCUUUUCAAAUGUUGUUAAUGAUUUCAUUGCAAAAUUGUGUCGCUUUCGCCAAGAACUGCUCUAGUAGUAAGUUUUAUAAAUACCAAAUCUCAGUAUCCAUAUCAGACAUAUCACUUUGCAAUAUUUACAUGCAUUUAUCACCAUUUUCCAAGUGUAUUUGCGCUCACUGAUAACAUUAAUUUCUGCGGGACAAAAAGUUGCUCUCAAUACCUUACAAAUCAUUUUUCAACGUCCCGAGCUCUUACAUAACUGGAACGGGCACUCUCUCUAUGAAUAUUUAAAAAAUUCAAUUCACACACCUCUGCAUUUCAAAUUAAAACUUCGGGCUACUUUCAGCAUGUUCAGCUUAAACAUUACAUUUUCCCUCUUGCCGAUAUGACCGAUAUGAUUUAGAUGAAAUUCCAAAAGAAUCUCAGCUACUGCCUUGGCUCUUUCAUGUAUUAUUACGGACGCUAUGUGAAGAUAUGGACAACUUAUCUUCUAAUGGUUUUCAAAUCUCUCUUUCUCCUUAGACACUGACGACUGUUAUCCAAACCCGUGUCUUAACAAUGGAACAUGCAUUGACGGAGUGAAUGACUACAAUUGCUCGUGUGUGCCUGGCUUUGUAGGGAAGAACUGCUCCAACAGUAAGUCUGAUCAAACUAAAUCUUACAAUGUACAUCUGUCAGGAUUUGCAAAAAUGUACCUGCAGGGUUUUUAUCUAUUUAUUUAUUUAGGCUUGUUUUCUGUUUUAAAUAACCUUUUUUCUUUGCCAGAAAUCCUCAAACAAGUUGUAGUAGACAAAAGCAUGUGCUAAUAAUAUCUUUUACAUCCUUACCCACCCCCUCCCCUUUCUUCUACCCCAACCACCUCUCCCCGCGAUCAUUUCUCAUAUUUCUCUCCGUGUUAUAAAACACUAUUAGUGAGCUUAAGAUCCGACGACGGCGAGAUUCUACGACGGCAGACUUGGUCGAGGGAGCUUGGGGUGAGGUCGCCGUCGCAAUGACGCGAAAAAUAGCAUUAAGAAAGCUCGUGCGACGGCGGGUUGUUGUAGCUCCUUUUCCUGUUGAAGUUUAGAAAUAAAUACAAGAGUGAUGACUACUUUUAGAAAGGUUCGUGAAAUGUUACUGACGAGUUUCGAUGAUGGCGACAUUUCAGAAGAUGAAUUUUUACUGUUGUAUGAUGUCAACAGAUCUAAAAAUCCGGAUUUUCCCUACCAGAAUUACGAACAUUUUGACCUCGAGAGGCUUGACGAAAAGAUGAGUGACAUAAUCCAUUGGACCUCAAUUUAAUGCCAAAACAAGUCUACGAUAUCAUAAUUAUUAAUAAACAGAUCAAUAAACACAAGAAAAAACUUGUAAAACUUACUGAGUUGCUUUCUUUGUCGAGUUGACCGAGUCCAUGGCUAUUAACGAGUCAAACUGUUUAGAGAGGGCAAACAAAUUUAAUUUAAAUACCGUGUUCAAAUCGUUUAAGUCGCUUAGAAAUUCUACAAAGAUGGUCUACUGAGAAUAAACUGUUAACAGCGCUAAAGAAUUUCGCUCACAAUGUGUUUAAAUGGCAUUAUUUUGAUCACGUUUACUCACGUUUUACAUGCCAGGGCAAAAUGGCCUUCUUCACGUCACAGACAAGGCCGCUACGGCGGGAAACUUCGCAACGACGGCAGCCGGAAGUCUUUCUAGCAGUAAUUUCACUUCCGCUCGCCGUCACAGACGUCUGCCGUUGUCGGAUCUUAAGCAGGCUACUAUUUGAAAUCAGCGCGCGCGUUAGAAGUUGGCUUCGGUGAUCGGUUAAUUUCCUAGAUUUUUUUUUAGCCACCUAGAGCAAAGUUUUUCGGAAGGCAUCAUUAAGCCUUAUGAAGGAACAAGUCUCAUGAUUGGCAAAGUCCGCCUCGUCCAUUAUCUUACCGCAUUUCGCCUCAUUUGACUUAACGAAAGAAAGUUGGUUUACCUUCUGAGUCGCUUCGUUCAAACGAACGUAAAACAUCACAAGUUGACACAAAACUCUGUCAGCUUCAGCUGUCAAAGUAAACAAACAUUUUUAAUUACUCUUAAAUUCCUUUAACACAAGCAAGGCACACAAGGAAUAUGCCAGGAUGCGCAAACCGAUGCAACAGUUUAUUACAUCAUGUAAGAGGUACUACUAUGAUUACAAUAUUGCGUAAAGACGCAAGCAUUUUUUCUACAAUUCUCAAUAAACUAAAUAAGGAAAAUGUUCAGAAAAAAACUGAAGUAUAUAUUUACUGGUACAUGCGCUGGAUAAUAUUACAACCCUAAGUACUACAACCUACUCUCGAGGCAUAUCCUCAGGAGGUGUGAAUGGGGUUAACGACUAGCGACAAAGGUCUGAAAAUAUUACUGACUACCGACAAAACGCGAAAAAAACUACCGACUACCGACAUGGACCGACAAUUUCUAGUAUAUAUAUCUGUCUGAUUUGGUUAAAACAUGGUCACUAGGUUUUUGCCUGGCGCCGAGCGCAGCCCGGCUCCAGGCCAGCCCGAUGUCCACAAAAGUAGGGGGCUUGACGUCUUAGUCGGUACAGCUGGAUAGCCCAGGGACUGCCCUAACAGUGGGUGGGUGGAUCAGGCCCAGGGGUCAAAACUACUGGGGUCGGGAGGGGGCUGUUUUGACACAACCCCUUCAGUAAGUAGCAGUGUUCAGUGGAGGCAUUGACUGGCGAAUACCUUGGUCUUAAUUUGCCCUAGCCAGCUGAAUCAGGCCUCUGUUGAGAAUGAUUAUCAUGAUAAUUGCAGAGCUCAGUGGGAGGUGCAGACAGUCACCCAUUGUCCUGGGUGGCGAGGGUCAAAGUCUUGGUACAAAGGACACAUUUAGCAUAGGACCUUUACACACUCACUGAAGCCAUGUUUUCAUAAAUCCAGUCAGCGAUAUAUAUAAACUUUUUUUUUUUUUCAGAAAGAAGAGCAUAUUGUAUUUUUUUUUUGUCUACAUUUCCUGGAAGUAGCCAAAGAUACCACGUACUUUAUGAAUUUCAUUGAGAAGACAAAGGAGAAAAACGAACAUUACUUGUUUCCAUGGACGUCACACGUCUUUUUACAAGUAUACUACAAAACGAGGGUGUUGAAAAAGUUUGCAGAGCGUAUGAAAAUUUCUACAAAGCGACCCACCUAUUCAAACACAUUACCUGCGAGAAAUGCUUACAUUAAUCCUCAAGGAAAUUUUUUUCCAGUUUAAUGGGAAGCUCCACCUACAAACCCACGGUACCGCGAUGAGCACAAAGACAGCAGUUUUCCUUUGCCAACAUUUUCAUGACAUAGAUUGAAACACAAAGUCUAAGCAAAAUCGUCUUUAAUCCAACCGUUUGGAAACGUUACAUGGAUGACAUUUUUUUCGCUGCAAGACAUAAGUAAAAAUCCUGACAUCGUAGCUUUCUCCGAACCAGCAAACUUACAUUACCAGACCAUUAAAUUCACCACCGAAAUUCCCUGAGACAGUGUUUUUAGACUCAGUUGAAUACAAAGGCACAAGAUUCAACGAAAAAGCUAUCCUUGAUGUAAAAACACAUUUUAAACAAACAAAGGAGAAGCCUUUAGCCUUAAACAACGUUUGAGAAAAGUAUUUCUAAUUUCAAAAAAACGCUUGAUGGAUCUGAGAGGCUACCAACACAGUUUGGCACAAAAAUUGCUAUUAGAAAUAAAUAAAACUCACAGAAACAGGAAAUCUUCGCUCCUGAAACAAAACAGCAAGGAAGAAAAAGAAAUGUUGCCUUUCGUGACACAAUACCAGCCCUUGGCGUCUACUGUAUAAAAAAAAAGUUGAAUCCUCAUACAAAACCAACCACUACUUUGCCAAAAUUUAAAGAACCACCUAUUACUUCGUACGGAAAAGGAAAAUCAUGGCAAAGAGCUACCCCGCGAACAGAGGUUCCUCUCUUGCAUGGCUUUUACUGUUCACAAAGUCGUUCGCGUGGCUUAUCUGUCAAGUCACGCGAACGACUUCGUAAACGCUAAAGCCUCUGUUCAUUACUUUCUAUACUGCCCAGUAAUCAAUAGACUGCAAAACAGUCCGUUUUUUUCUCAAAAUCAGUAAAGAAAUCGGUAAAGCGUGGCAUAAGAGUCUUACGCGCGCGAAGUGCGCGAGCCUCACACGCCCGUAGGGCGUGUGAGGCGAGAGAAAAAAAACCGACUGUCCGUUUUCCAUACAAUGAGUUCGUUCGAACCAGGGGGUUCAAAAAUGUCGUCGAGCUGUCAAAAAUCUGUUCGCAACUCCGCCCUCCUUGUGAGACUCGCGUGUUACUAUUGACGCUGUAAUCCAGUAAUUCCAAAGCAGUUUUCAGCGUUGCUUCCCUGUGAAAUGUAGUGUAUAUAGUGAAAUGUAGUAUAUAUAGUGGAGGAUCAAAAAUGAGUGAAAGUGGCAGUACGACAACAAAGCCUGUGCCUGCUCCUCGAAGAGGGAGAAAGCCGAAAGAGCCGAGGGCUUUGGACAAAUUGUAGAAUGUGCGGCUGUUGUUUCAAAACACAGUUCGGCAAUUUUACGAAUGGAUGGAUAAGCUCGGAAAAUGCGUUUGUUGCGCCUGCCAGAAAAGGGGAACGUUACCAAAGUAGGCCGACCUACUGAAAAACGAACUUUUCGUUGUCCUCGAGGAAGGAGAAUCUUUCUCCACAAGAGCAGUUUGCUCUCCGUGCGGAACAACGGUUAGAAACUGCCCCGGGAAACUGCACGGCGAUGCUUUCAAAAUUAGAGAAGAACUGAACACGCCAACUGACAAUGAACAAUUAUUGCGAUUGAAAAGAAUGAGUAAAUCCCCUCAUUCCAAACCACGUCUUGGUGAUUUAGCUCUGUAAAUUACUAUCUGUGAGAAUUUAAAAUCCUGCCAAAAACGCUAACGAGCUGGGCCCAGCGUGACAAAACAUUGCAGGAAAAAGUCACAUUCACGGACACAAAGAAAAUCGCUUAAAAUUAUUCAAAUCCAGGAGGCACUUUGGAGAAAUAAAACAACCUAAAACCCUUAAUCAGCCGCAAUGAAAAACUUUACAUUUCGAAAGGGGCCAACGCUUUUGCGUCAGAGGGCAAAUCAUGCCUACGAGAGAAAAUCAAUAUGCGUGUUAUGACCUCUCAGUAUGAAAUAUAUUUAAUACGCCGCCAAAAUUCACAUUUGCUCAGUCAAAACGUUUUCCUCCAAAGCAUAAUCUACUCGACAGAGAAAACAAUUCAUUGAAACAAGCGGCAUGUUUGCAUGAGGUAAAAGUCGUGUGUUUCCUACCGAUCCCGCUUUUUUAGCCAGGCGAGAUAACAAUGACGGUCGGCCGUUGCACGGAACUUGAAGAACUCUUUGCAUGAACAAACAUCCGAUAAAUAAGGCUUUUGUCAAAUCCUGUUGGUAGAACACAGAAAACAUCCUUUCCCCUGAGUAGCAACUCCAAAGCCUUCCUCUGCUCCGAUUUUAAAACAAAUCCCAAUUCUUGCGAGCAAAUUCAGGCGAUCAACAUCUGUCAUUUUACAGCGAAAGCUUUAGCAAUUCAUCACGGUAUGGAACAACGUGAAUGACAUGUUGAAAACAUUACUUGACAGCUUGGUGACAGCUUGCAUCAAAAUUUAGCCAAUGGGAAUUGCCCGUGGCUGGGAGAAGCGGAUAAUUCGAACGAAUAUAACGUAUGCAAAACGGACAGUCCGUAUUUUUAGCGUCUCUCCCGAGUCUCGCUCUCUGUUUUCAGCCUCAUUCCAGACCUUUUGUUUGACUGCUCGUGCGUACUUGAAUACGCAAAAAUACGGACUGUUUUGCAGUCUAAGUAAUCAACGGAGAAACCAAGUUCGCAUCAUUUGCAAUAAAAGCUUUGGUGAUUUUAUCGGUACUAUAUAAUAUGAAGUUUAAGGUCAAUCAAAUGAAGCAUUUUUUACAACUUUUUCACGUUUUAUAGGGAUCAGUCUUGAAAUGAGUGAAAUACACAGCAAAUAUUAAAUUAACAUUCAUUUUUACUUAUUAACUGAGAUUUACCGACAACCGACAAAGAUCGAAAAUUUUAACUGACCUACUACCGAACUGUAUAAUAACCGACAACCGAUAAGUGGCUUCACAUCUCGGUAGAUUUAUUAUACUUUGUGGCACAACGACCGCUGAAACGUUUGCCGGAAAGAUGUACGCUUUGAAAGAUUCAGCAAACACAGAUCGAUAGUAGACCUUCAGCAGACUCUUGAAAUAUGUACGCUUUACGAAGUUUCAGCAAACUUUUAAAAGAUAAACGCUUUACGAAGACAGAAUGCAGACCGGCUCAGCAAACAUUUGAAAGAUGAACGCCGAGGACACGCGAAUCACCAUGUGAGUUAGUGCGUCAAAGUGAGGCAAAACGUAAGCAAGCGCCUCAGAGCGAGGCAAAUGUGUGUGGACACAAACGAAAUCUCAAAUUCUCGCUUAUUAAUAGCACAGAACACCCAACAGAAAUUAGGGGAUGCGUUCUCAAUAACAGCUGGAUGUAAAGGCCAGUGCCACAUUUUUUUUUUUUUUUUUUUUAAUUUUUUGUUAAAAAAUUUCUUACGUUUUCAUACAAAAUAGAAAUUACAAAAAAAGAAAAAAAGAGAGAAAAAAGACACAAAGACACACACGCGCGCGCGCACACGCACCCAUAUACACACUACCAUAUAUAACAAAAGCUAGCCAGCGAAAACAUCCGUCUCUCCUCGCUCUUCGCCAGUGGGGACGUUUCACGUGGAGGAACGUCUACGACUCAGCGACAGAAAUUCCAUACUGAUGACGUAAAAUCUGUCCGGAAUCUGGUCAGAAGCGCUGAUUGGUCGACGGAGUAGAUACAUAGUUCAGCUAUUGUUUAUGAAUGACAGACAAAAGACAAAAGGCCACAAAAGUUAAAUAUAAACGCGAAGAACCUGUAACAAAACAGUCAGUAUUUGUGGAAUAUAGUUUUCUCGAGAAGAAGCAUUAGAGUUUUGCUGGAGCUCGUUGGCAGAUGAACACAACACUUUACCAAAACCGACCAGAAGACACGUAAAAUUGGACAAAUUCAUAUUUGGAACCCCAUGGCUACCGGAUUUUUUAUGUAAACAUUGAUUUGCGUCAUCAGUAUGGAAUUUCUGUCGCUGAGUCGCAGACGUUCCUCCAAGCGAAACGUCCCCUGCAGCGAAUAGCGAAGAGAAACGGAAGUUUUCGCAGGCUAAACAAAAGCUCACUAUCAAUAAACCCAUCCAGUUUAAAAACUGCAUUAACAGCUCAUUGCUGGGCCAGUGCCACAAGAAUAUAAGACUCAUUAUUCGGGAAAGGGCCACAUAGAUUAACCCUUCAAUAUUGUCUUGGUCAGAGCCGCGUAAAUUAACUGUCCAUUUGUGGUACAGUACCACAUAAACAAAACAGUGCAUUAAGGAAAAAUAAAUCAUAAAAAUGAGUGGGGGGAGAGCAGAGACCAAGAGAGAUGAAUAAACUGAGUGGACCGCGAGCGUGAAUGACUCUUAGAGAACAGUAGGGCGUGUAUAUACUAAAAGAGACCAAUCAGAAUGGUCUUUAAUCAGGAUACACAAUAGUGGGUGCGGCAGGUGUGAAACAGAAAACAAGUAGGGAUAAUUACUUGGAAUAAGAGUGAAAAAUGCAUUCUAGGAGUCAAGUUUAUUCGGAGAGAGCAAAGUUGAUGCUGAUUUCUGACCAGACCAGAGACUAAGUUAGAAAAUCGUUUUAAAGGCGGGCCCUUCAUCUGCACUUUUUAAAAACGCUGUGGUACAUCCAGGAUCUCGAAUAAAUCGACUGCAUGAGAAUCGUUUACGUGUGUUUUAUGUGGAGAAGGCGAGAGUUUUCCUGAGUCAUUUGACGAUAUUUUUGCCCGUGUAGAAUUUGGGAAUAUUACGAUUGUUUUUCUGAGGUAGUUACCAUUGCCGCGAAAGCUAAGUGAUAUCUUGUGUGAUUUGCCGAAGGCGUUGACAGACAAAACUCAGGUAUGUGGUUGAGCUCGUGUUAGUAGAAUACUUUGGCGAAGCAUAGAAAUGCUUCAAGACUGUUUAGUUUAGAUGAUUUUGUCUUAGAAAACCAAUUCAGAGCUCAAAGAGGGUGGAUCACUAAGUCUGUCUCGUCGGGCAUCUUGCUAUGAGCGACUGAAAGGUCAUAUUUUCUGUGCUUUACAAAUGUUGUUAAUGAUUUCAUUGCAAAAUUCUGUCGCUUUCGCCAAGAGCAAUUUUCCGCGUGUUUCUAGCAAUAAAGUUGUGGUUUGAAGCCCUAACUUAAGACUUUCAUCUACUUUUCAUUCGCCUCAAGGAUCAAAUCAUUAAAAGGUACUUGCAAUUUCGGGCCAUAAAUUACAGGUAUGAAGUUUCCUUACCUCUUUUUUAACUUAAAAAGGACCAUCCCUCUAUACAUAUGCCUUGGACAUUACUAAUUUGCCAAGAUCCAAGAUUGGUUUCAAAAGAAUUUCACUUCUGGAGUGCCAAUGUGGAAAAAACUGAUUCCCGUCAACUCAAGCGUAAUGUGAAUCUUGUAUAAUUAUGUUUUCCUUGCAGAUAUGGAUAUUUUAUUGUCGUCAAUCCUUACCAUGUCCUUCUCUCCUCAGACACUGAUGACUGUUAUCCAAACCCGUGUCUAAACUAUGGGACUUGCAUAGACAGAGUCAAUGACUACGAGUGCACAUGCGAGCCUCGUUUUGUAGGGAAGAACUGUGGCUGUAAGUUUAAAAAUAUCAAACCUCAAUAUCUAUAUCGGUUUGUAAGAUUUACGUGCACUUAUCACCUUAAUGGUUUUCAAAUCUCUGUUUCUCCUUAAACAUUGAUCGCUGUUAUUCAAACCCGUGUCUAAACGAUGAGACUUGCAUAAACGGAGUCAAUGACUACAACUGCACAUGCGUGCCUGGUUUUGUAGGGAAGAACUGUGACUGUAAGUUUAAAAAUAUCAAAACUCAAUAUCUAUAUCGGUUUGUAAGAUUUACGUGCACUUAUCACCUUAAUGGUUUUCAAAUCUCUGUUUCUCCUUAGACAUUAAUCACUGUUAUCCAAACCCGUGUCUAAACAAUGGGACUUGCAUAAACGGAGACAAUGACUACAACUGCACAUGCGUGCCUGGUUUUGUAGGGAAGAACUGCUCUAAUAGUAAGUUUAAAAAUAUCACUGAAUCUCAGUAUCCAUAUCAGUUUGUAAGAUUUACGUGCAUUUAUCACCUUAAUGGUUUUCAAAUCUCUGUUUCUUCUUAGACACUGACGACUGUUAUCCAAACCCGUGUCUUAACGGUGGAACAUGCAUUGACGGAGUGAAUGACUACAAUUGCUCAUGCGUUCCUGGCUUUGUAGGGAAGAACUGCUCCAACAGUAAGUCUGAUCAAACUAAAUCUUUCAAUAUACAUUCGUCGGAAUUUGCAAAAAGAUACCCGCAGGAUUUUUUUCCAACAUCCUGAUUUUAAUUUUCCCAACAUUCUGACUUAAUUUUCCAGAUUUCUUCUUAGCUACCUGGAGCAAAGUUUUCCGGAAGGCAUCAUUAAGCGUUAUAUUAUGAAGUAACAAGUGUCACGAUUGGCAAAGUCGUCCUUGUCCAAUAUCUUACUGUAUUUCGCUUCAUUUGGUUAUACGGGUGAAACACUGAUCUCGGACUCGAGACGGAAAGGUAUCGAUAUUGAGAGCUUUGUUCCGGGUGGCCUCUGCAGAAAGUAGGUUCUAGGAGUCAAGUCUAUUCGGAGAGAGAAACGUUGAGCUGAUUUCUCACCAGGCCAGAGACUUAGUUACAAACUGUUUUAUAGGCGGCCCCUUCAUCUGUCCUUUUUAAAAACCUGGAGUACUAUGAUCCGAGAUCUCGUAAAAAUCGACUGUGUGAGUGUUUACGUGUGUUUUAUGUUGAGAACAUUAACGUGAGAGCUUUUCUGAGUCAUUUGACGAAAAUAUUACGACGGAAUAUUAUCAGUGUUUUUCAAGGGUGUUAUCAUUGCUCCGAAAGCUAAGUGAUUUAUUGUGUGAUUUGCCGAAGGCGUUGACAGACAAAACUCAGGUAUGUGGUUGCUUUGUGCCAAGCAUUUAAUACAACACUUAGUGAUCGAUUCGCGAGUCUUUAGUUUAGGUGAUUUUGUCUUAGAAAGACUAUUCUGUGCUCAAAGAUUGUAAUUGCCGCGAAGGCCAUUUAUUGUGAUUUACCGAUAGCGUUGACAGACAAAACUCGGGUAAAAAAUCUGGUUGAGCUCGUGUUACCAGAAGACUUUGUGCCAAGCAUAAAAACGCUUCGUGAGUGUUUAGUUUUGCUAAUUUUGUCUUAGAAAGACUAUUCUGUGCUCAAAGAUCGUGGAUUCUUAAUCUGUUUUCGGCAGACACUUAGCUCUCUCUGCUCAAUUUUUGGCAUCAGCAAGAUUCCAACUCAUUGUUUAAAGGAAGCAUUGGUCACGUGACCUCUUAGUGCGAGGGUCCUAUUCGAAUAACACCAGGCGGAACAAGUUCUCCUUAGCAGAACCUCUAUUUAAUGAGCUAUCCGAACUACAAUAAAAUGGCGCGAUUAACUUGUUAGAACUUCUGUUCUAAGAUAAUUAUAUCUGACUGGAUUAGCUAAAACAUGGCCAUAGAAAUUUCUCUCAUAUACCGUACCUUUACUGAGCAUGGAGCAUGGAACAUGUUUUUAUCAUUACUAUUGUUAUUUUUUAUUUUUUUAUUUUUUAACGAAUAUUUACUGAAUACGCUGCAGCAGAUACACUGUCAUGAGUUUCUUCUCACUUGCUAUUAAUCUAACAGCCCCCCUCCGGCCACUAUGAGCCUCAUGGUAUGAGCUACUGAAUGGUCAGAUAUUUACUGUGCUUUUCAAAUGUUGUUAAUGAUUUCAUUGCAAAAUUGUGUCGCUUUCGCCAAGAACUGCUCUAGUAGUAAGUUUUAAAAAUACCAAAUCUCAGUAUCCAUAUCACUUUGCAAUAUUUACAUGCAUUUAUCACCAUUUUCCAAGUGUAUUUGCGCUCACUGAUAACAUUGAUUUCUGCGGGACAAAAAGUUGCUCUCAAUACCUUACAAAUCAUUUUUCAACGUCCCGAACUCUUUCAUAACUGGAACGGGCACUCUCUCUAUGAAUAUUUAAAAAAUUCAAUUCACACACCUCUGCAUUUCAAAUGAAAACUUCGGGUUACUUUCAGCAUGUUCAGCUUAAACAUUACAUUUUCCCUCUUGCCGAUAUGACCGAUAUGAUUUAGAUGAAAUUCCAAAAGAAUCUCAGCUACUGCCUUGGCUCUUUCAUGUAUUAUUACAGACGCUAUGUGAAGAUAUGGACAACUUAUCUUCUAAUGGUUUUCAAAUCUCUCUUUCUCCUUAGACACUGACGACUGUUAUCCAAACCCGUGUCUUAACAAUGGAACAUGCAUUGACGGAGUGAAUGACUACAAUUGCUCGUGUGUGCCUGGCUUUGUAGGGAAGAACUGCUCCAACAGUAAGUCUGAUCAAACUAAAUCUUACAAUGUACAUCUGUCAGGAUUUGCAAAAAUGUACCUGCAGGGUUUUUAUCUAUUUAUUUAUUUAGGCUUGUUUUCUGUUUUAAAUAACCUUUUUCUUUUGCCAGAAAUCCUCAAACAAGUUGUAGUAGACAAAAGCAUGUGCUAAUAAUAUCUUUUACAUCCUUACCCACCCCCUCCCCUUUCUUCUACCCCAACCACCUCUCCCCGCGAUCAUUUCUCAUAUUUCUCUCCGUGUUAUAAAACACUAUUAGUGAGCUUAAGAUCCGACGACGGCGAGAUUCUACGACGGCAGACUUGGUCGAGGGAGCUUGGGGUGAGGUCGCCGUCGCAAUGACGCGAAAAAUAGCAUUAAGAAAGCUCGUGCGACGGCGGGUUGUUGUAGCUCCUUUUCCUGUUGAAGUUUAGAAAUAAAUACAAGAGUGAUGACUACUUUUAGAAAGGUUCGUGAAAUGUUACUGACGAGUUUCGAUGAUGGCGACAUUUCAGAAGAUGAAUUUUUACUGUUGUAUGAUGUCAACAGAUCUAAAAAUCCGGAUUUUCCCUACCAGAAUUACGAACAUUUUGACCUCGAGAGGCUUGACGAAAAGAUGAGUGACAUAAUCCAUUGGACCUCAAUUUAAUGCCAAAACAAGUCUACGAUAUCAUAAUUAUUAAUAAACACAUCAAUAAACACAAGAAAAAACUUGUAAAACUUACUGAGUUGCUUUCUUUGUCGAGUUGACCGAGUCCAUGGCUAUUAACGAGUCAAACUGUUCAAAUCGUUUAAGUCGCUUAGAAAUUCUACAAAGAUGGUCUACUGAGAAUAAACUGUUAGCAGCGCUAAAGAAUUUCGCUCACAAUGUGUUUAAAAGGCAUUAUUUUGAUCACGUUUACUCACGUUUUACAUGCGAGGGCAAAAUGGCCUUCUUCACGUCACAGACAAGGCCGCUACGGCGGGAAACUUCGCAACGACGGCAGCCGGAAGUCUUUCUAGCAGUAAUUUCACUUCCGCUCGCCGUCACAGACGUCUGCCGUUGUCGGAUCUUAAGCAGGCUACUAUUUGAAAUCAGCGCGCGCGUUAGAAGUUGGCUUCGGUGAUCGGUUAAUUUCCUAGAUUUUUUUUUAGCCACCUAGAGCAAAGUUUUUCGGAAGGCAUCAUUAAGCCUUAUGAAGGAACAAGUCUCAUGAUUGGCAAAGUCCGCCUCGUCCAUUAUCUUACCGCAUUUCGCCUCAUUUGACUUUACGAAAGAAAGUUGGUUUACCUUCUGAGUCGCUUCGUUCAAACGAACGUAAAACAUCACAAGUUGACACAAAACUCUGUCAGCUUCAGCUGUGAAAGUAAACAAACAUUUUUAAUUACUCUUAAAUUCCUUUAACACAAGCAAGGCACACAAGGAAUAUGCCAGGAUGCGCAAACCGAUGCAACAGUUUAUUACAUCAUGUAAGAGGUACUACUAUGAUUACAAUAUUGCGUAAAGACGCAAGCAUUUUUUCUACAAUUCUCAAUAAACUAAAUAAGGAAAAUGUUCAGAAAAAAACUGAAGUAUAUAUUUACUGGUACAUGCGCUGGAUAAUAUUACAACCCUAAGUACUACAACCUACUCUCGAGGCAUAUCCUCAGGGGGUGUGAAUGGGGUUAACGACUAGCGACAAAGGUCUGAAAAUAUUACUGACUACCGACAAAACGCGAAAAAAACUACCGACUACCGACAUGGACCGACAAUGUCUAGUAUAUAUAUCUGUCUGAUUUGGUUAAAACAUGGUCACUAGGUUUUUGCCUGGCGCCGGGCGCAGCCCGACUCCAGGCCAGCCCGGUGUCCACAAAAGUAGGGGGCUUGACGACUUAGUCGGUACAGCUGGAUAGCCCAGGGACUGCCCUAACAGUGGGUGGGUGGAUCAGGCCCUGGGGUCAAAACUAGUGGGGUCGGGAGGGGGCUGUUUUGACACAACCCCUUCAGUAAGUAGCAGUGUUCAGUGGAGGCAUUGACUGGCGAAUACCUUGGUCUUAAUUUGCCCUAGCCAGCUGAAUCAGGCCUCUGCUGAGAAUGAUUAUCAUGAUAAUUGCAGAGCUCAGUGGGAGGUGCAGACAGUCACUCAUUGUCCUGGGUGGGGAGGGUCAAAGUCUUGGUACCAAGGACACACUUAGCAUAGGACCUGUACACACUCACUGAAGCCAUGUUUUCAUAAAUCCAGUCAGCGAUAUAUAUAAACUUUUUUUUUUUUCAGAAAGAAGAGCAUAUUGUAUUUUUUUAUCUCUACGUUUGCAGGAAGUAACCAAAGAUACCACGUACUUAUGAAUUUCACUGAGAAGACAAAGGACAAAAACCGAACAUUUCUUGUUUCCAUGAACGUCACACGUCUUUUUACAAGUAUACUACUACAAAACGAGGGUAUUGAAAAAGUUUGCAGAGCGUAUGAAAAUUUCUACAAAGCGACCCACCUAUUCAAACACAUUACCUGCGAGAAAUGCUUACAUUAAUCCUCAAAGAAAAUUUUUUUCCAGUUUAAUGGGAAGCUCCACCUACAAACCCACGGUACCGCGAUGAGCACAAAGACAGCAGUUUUCCUUUGCCAACAUUUUCAUGGCAUAUAUUGAAACACAAAGUCUAAGCAAAAUCGUCUCUAGUCCAACUGUUUGGAAACGCUACAUGGAUGACAUUUUUUCGCUGCAAGACAUAAGUAAAAAACCAGACAUCGUAGCUUUCUCCGAACCAGCAAACUUACAUUACCCGACCAUUAAAUUCACCACCGAAAUUCACUGAGACAGUGUUUUUAGACUCAGUUGAGUACAAAGGCACAAGAUUCAACGAAAAAGCUAUCCUUGAUGUAAACACACAUUUUAAACAAACAAAGGAGAAGCCUUUGGCCCUAAACAACGUUUGAGGAAAGUAUUUCUAAUUUCAAAAAAACGCUUGAUGGAUCUGAGAGGCUACCAACACAGUUUGGCACAAAAAUUGCUAUUAGAAAUAAAUAAAACUCACAGAAACAGGAAAUCUUCGCUCCUGAAACAAAACAGCAAUGAAGAAAAAGAAAUGUUGCCUUUCGUGACACAAUACCAGCCCUCAUACAAAACCAACCACUACUUUGCCAAAAUUUAACGAACCACCUAUUACUUCGUACGGAAAAGGAAAAUCAUGGCAAAGAGCUACCCCGCGAACAGAGGUUUCUCCGGUUGCAUGGCUUUUACUGUUCACGAAGUCGUUCGCGUGGCUUAUCUGUCAAGUCACGCGAACCACUUCGUAAACGCUAAAGCCUCUGUUCAUUACUUUCUAUACUGCCCAGUAAUCAACGGAGAAACCAAGUUCGCAUCAGUUGCAAUAAAAGCUUUGGUGAUUUUAUAUAAUAUGAAGUUUAAGGUCAAUCAAAUGAAGCAUUUUUUACAACUUUUUCACGUUUUAUAGGGAUCAGUCUUGAAAUGAGUGAAAUACACAGCAAAUAUUAAAUUAACAUUCAUUUUUACUUAUUAACUGAGAUUUACCGACAACCGACAAAGAUCGAAAAUUUUAACUGACCUACUACCGACCGGCAAAAUGACUGUAUAAUAACCGACAACCGACAAGUAGAGCCCUCCCAUUCAGACCCCCCCGCCUCAGCGGAGUCGGAUUUCCAUCCUCCGUGCAUUUUUAGGUAUCGAUAAGUAGGUUUUCUGAAUUCGAGUUGCUGCUUUGAUACACCGCAAAUGUAAUCAUAAUCGUUAGGGUUGUAGCCAAACCUACUCAAUGUGUCCCUUAAGAUAUCACACUCACUGAAAAAGGUAGCUGAAUACCUGUUAACUUAAUUUUACACCAGUCCAUAAACUUUCUAAUAACACGAAUAUAAGACAACCCUUGAAUCUGCUCUGGACUUUAACAUCACUUCUAAAACCUGAUGAAUGCUCGCCGAAUAAAACUGCUAAAACCCUCGCCAUGAUUUACUUGACAAAUUUAACUUAAGAAUAAAAUUUAAACGAUAAAAGAACAAGACAAAUAUCCGUUCUAGAGUACAUCAUUAUAUGGCCAGCGCCACUUUGAUAUUAAUAUUUAGGCCAGAGCCACGUGAAGCAACAGCUCAUUAGGCCCGCAGUGCCUAUAAAUAAGCAACUUGGUAUUCAGCCAGUACCAUACGAAUUAAACUAGGAGUAAUCGGAGCUUAGGAGAGUGCGUUCGAUAUGUUUGUUAGGCGUCAGUACAGGUAGCAGUUGAGGGGGAAGGGUGAAUGGUUAUUGCUAUAGAUUAAUUUGAUCAUGGCAUAUUUUAAACGUAAGGAUUGCUUACAGUGAAACCUCUAAAAACUGUGUAUCAUUAUGAAAAAGGCUAGUGAUAUCGUAUGGUUCGUCUCAAGAACUACAGUAAUUUGGUCGAUUGUGUUGAUUUCAGUUACUUGAGUGGAGCUACGCUGGUCCGUUUAUAAGUUUUUCCGAAUAAAUAACAUAGACCUAAAAUGUUAGUUUGUCCGGUGCCAAAAAUAUUUCAAGUCAUGAUGAAGUGGUGCCGCCGAGCUUCACAUCUCGGUAGAUUUAUUAUACUUUGUGGCACAACGACCGCUGAAACGUUUGCCGGAAAGUUGUACGCUUUGAAAGAUUCAGCAAACACAGAUCGAUAGUAGACCUUCAGCAAACUCUUGAAAUAUGUACGCUUUACGAAGAUUCGGCAAACUUUUAAAAGAUAAACGUUUUACGAAGAGAGAAUGCAGACCGGCUCAGCAAACAUUUGAAAGAUGAACGCCGAGGACACACGAAUCACCAUGUGAGUUAGUGCGUCAAAGUGAGGCAAAACGUAAGCAAGAGCCUCAGAGCGAGGCAAAUGUGUGUGGACACAAACGAAAUCUCAAAUUCUCGCUUAUUAAUAGCACAGAACACCCAACAGAAAUUAGGGGUUGCCUUCUCGUACCUCGAACGCAAUAACAGCUGGAUGUAAAGGCCAGUGCCACUUUUUUUUUUUUUUUUGAUUUUUUUUUUAAAGAAUUUCUUACGUUUUCAUACAAAAUAGAAAUUACGAAAAAAGAAAAAAAGAGAGAAAAAAGACACAAAGACACACACGCACCCACAUAAACACUACCACAUAUAACAAAAGCUAGCCAGCGAAAACAUCCGUCUUUCCUCGCUCUUCGCCAGUGGGGACGUUUCGCGUGGAGGAACGUCUACGACUCAGCGACAGAAAUUCCAUUCCAUUUUUUUUUUAAAGAAUUUCUUACGUUUUCAUACAAAAUAGAAAUUACGAAAAAAGAAAAAAAGAGAGAAAAAAGACACAAAGACACACACGCGCGCGCGCACACGCACCCAUAUACACACUACCAUAUAUAACAAAAGCUAGCCAGCGAAAACAUCCGUCUCUCCUCGCUCUUCGCCAGUGGGGACGUUUCACGUGGAGGAACGUCUACGACUCAGCGACAGAAAUUCCAUACUGAUGACGUAAAAUCUGUCCGGAAUCUGGUCAGAAGCGCUGAUUGGUCGACGGAGUAGAUACAUAGUUCAGCUAUUGUUUAUGAAUGACAGACAAAAGACAAAAGGCCACAAAAGUUAAAUAUAAACGCGAAGAACCUGUAACAAAACAGUCAGUAUUUGUGGAAUAUAGUUUUCUCGAGAAGAAGCAUUAGAGUUUUGCUGGAGCUCGUUGGCAGAUGAACACAACACUUUACCAAAACCGACCAGAAGACACGUAAAAUUGGACAAAUUCAUAUUUGGAACCCCAUGGCUACCGGAUUUUUUAUGUAAACAUUGAUUUGCGUCAUCAGUAUGGAAUUUCUGUCGCUGAGUCGCAGACGUUCCUCCAAGCGAAACGUCCCCUGCAGCGAAUAGGGAAGAGAAACGGAAGUUUUCGCAGGCUAAACAAAAGCUCACUAUCAAUAAACCCAUCCAGUUUAAAAACUGCAUUAACAGCUCAUUGCUGGGCCAGUGCCACAAGAAUAUAAGACUCAUUAUUCGGGAAAGGGCCACAUAGAUUAACCCUUCAAUAUUGUCUUGGUCAGAGCCGCGUAAAUUAACUGCCCAUUUGUGGUACAGUACCACAUAAACAAAACAGUGCAUUAAGGAAAAAUAAAUCAUAAAAAUGAGUGGGGGGAGAGCAGAGACCAAGAGAGAUGAAUAAACUGAGUGGACCGCGAGCGUGAAUGACUCUUAGAGAACAGUAGGGCGUGUAUAUACUAAAAGAGACCAAUCAGAAUGGUCUUUAAUCAGGAUACACAAUAGUGGGUGCGGCAGGUGUGAAACAGAAAACAAGUAGGGAUAAUUACUUGGAAUAAGAGUGAAAAAUGCAUUCUAGGAGUCAAAGAGAGCAAAGUUGAUGCUGAUUUCUGACCAGAUCAGAGACUAAGUUAGAAAAUCGUUUUAAAGGCGAGCCCUUCAUCUGCACUUUUUAAAAACGCUGUGGUACAUCCAGGAUCUCGAAUAAAUCGACUGCAUGAGAAACGUUUACGUGUGUUUUAUGUGGAGAAGGCGAGAGUUUUCCUGAGUCAUUUGACGAUAUUUUUGCCCGUGUAGAAUUUGGGAAUAUUACGAUUGUUUUUCGGAGGUAGUUACCAUUGCCGCGAAAGCUAAGUGAUAUCUUGUGUGAUUUGCCGAAGGCGUUGACAGACAAAACUCAGGUAUGUGGUUGAGCUCGUGUUAGUAGAAUACUUUGGCUAAGCAUAGAAAUGCUUCGAGACUGUUUAGUUUAGAUGAUUUUGUCUUAGAAAACCAAUUCAGAGCUCAAAGAGGAUGGAUCACUAGGUCUGUCUCGUCGGGCAUCUUGCUAUGAGCGACUGAAAGGACAUAGUUUCUGUGCUUUACAAAUGUUGUUAAUGAUUUCAUUGCAAAAUUCUGUCGCUUUCGCCAAGAGCAAUUUUCCGCGUGUUUCUAGCGAUAAAGUUGUGGUUUGAAGCCCUAACUUAAGACUUUCAUCUACUUUUCAUUCGCCUCAAGGAUCAAAUCAUUAAAAGGUACUUGCAAUUUCGGGCCAUAAAUUACAGGUAUGAAGUUUCCUUACCUCUUUAUUAACUUAAAAAGGACCAUCCCUCUAUACAUAUGCCUUGGACAUUACUAAUUUGCCAAGAUCCAAGAUUGGUUUCAAAAGAAUUUCACUUCUGGAGUGCCAAUGUGGAAAAAACUGAUUCCCGUCAACUCAAGCGUAAUGUGAAUCUUGUAUAAUUAUGUUUUCCUUGCAGAUAUGGAUAUUUUAUUGUCGUCAAUCCUUACCAUGUCCUUCUCUCCUCAGACACUGAUGACUGUUAUCCAAACCCGUGUCUAAACAAUGGGACUUGCAUAGACGGAGUCAAUGACUACAACUGCACAUGCGUGGCUGGUUUUGUAGGGAAGAACUGUAACUGUAAGUUUAAAAAUAUCAAACCUCAAUAUCUAUAUCGGUUUGUAAGAUUUACGUGCACUUAUCACCUUAAUGGUUUUGAAAUCUCUGUUUCUCCUUAGACACUGAUUACUGUUAUCCAAACCCGUGUCUAAACGAUGGGACUUGCGAAAACGGAGUCAAUGACUACAAUUGCACAUGCAAAAAUGGUUUUGUAGGGAAGACCUGUGACUGUAAGUUUAAAAAUAUCAAACCUCAAUAUCUAUAUCGGUUUGCAAGAUUUACGUGCACUUAUCACCUUAAUGGUUUUGAAAUCUCUGUUUCUCCUGAGACACUGACGACUGUUAUCCACACCCGUGUCUUAACGGUGGAACAUGCAUUGACGGAGUGAAUGACUACAAUUGCUUAUGCGUCUCUCUCUUUGUAGGGAAGAACUGCUCCAGC